AUGUCAAUGUUCGAGAGCGGCCAAGGCGGCCUUCAGCCUCAUCUAGGAUCCCAAAUGGAUAGGAUGGGAGGAGAGACGGCGAUGCCGGAUAUGUUAGACCAGGGAGGGGACAUUAUGGAUGGCCUAGAUGUGGAUAUGUUGCCAAUGCACUUGGAUCUCAACCUUGAUCCUCCCAGCCAGGGAAUGAGUAACCACGAAGGCCAGCAUAACAACCAGCAAUCGCAACAGAUAGAGAAUGAGAAUCAUGAUACAUCAGGUGUCGGCGCACACAUGUCGGGCGCCGGGGCAGGGCCCCUACCCACCGGUUUCGGCACUCAGACAAAUGUCACUGGAGGAAGCACUCUGACAGAUUUCACAAAGCGAAGAAAUUGGUCACAGCGCGUAUUGGAAGAGAUGAAAGAUUUCCUGCAUAUCUUGACUCCUGAUGCCCGAAUUCUCUAUGUUUCACCAUCGAGCAAGUCUCUCACCGGUUAUGAACAAAACGAGCUGGUUGGGAAAUUCAUAAUCGAUUUUAUUCACGUGGAUGACAGCGGGAUAUUCGUUCGGGAAUUCAAUGAGAGCAUAGCUUCAGGCAACCCACUGCGCUUUUUCUAUAGAUUUCGCAAGGCAGACGGAAGCUAUACCAUUUUCGAAUCUCAUGGUCAUCCUCAUCUAAGUUCUGACGCACAAGCUUUCGGGGUCAAUAACGCCGCCGGUUUCUGCAGAGGGUUCUUUAUGAUGGCAAGGCCAUAUCCGACCAAGAAUGCGAGCCUCUUGGACUCCUUCCUAGAGCAUAAGAUCGAAAACGAGCGACUGACCAAGCGCAUAGCAGAUCUGCGCCGUGAAGAACAAGACGAAUUAGAAGCGCAGCAGAGGCAUUACCAAAAGCAUCAGGAUGGGCAUGGCAGCGUCACACCUUCCCAAACGCAGACCACAGAAAGUGGCACUCCAGGCUCUGCAUCAAUGACGUCCACUCAAUCUAAUGAUUAUAAUGGCAUGCCGCCACCUGCAAAACCUAGUGCUUCAAACACUGCGCUCACUCAACAGAACUUGGACGAAGCAAACGCAAGCUCCAAACCCGACAGUAUAAACGAUAAAAUGGCACGAUAUGAGGGCGCCACUCACAUAGAGACAAUUGAAAUGCUUACGGGGUUGCGUUACCGCGACGGCGAACGCUCGCAGGGUAUCAGUACUGGAGACGCAAGCCCAGCUUUGAUUAGAGGUGACGCAGGAAUUGCAAUCCCCAUGGAUAAGGACAAUCGCUUGGGAGACAAGAAGAAGAAGCUCAAGGUAGCCGAUGAAUAUGUCUGCACUGAUUGCGGAACCCUCGAUUCUCCGGAGUGGAGGAAAGGCCCUACGGGUCCGAAGACGUUAUGCAAUGCGUGUGGGCUCCGGUGGGCCAAGAAAGAGAAAAAGGAGCGAACAGCCCCGAAGCCUGGACAACCGCCAUCUCUGCCCCGCGGCAUUAGCAGCGGGAGCUGA